UUUUGUUUAAAUUUAGCGUUUUGCUUUAUUUUGCGCCGUUUUGCGACCAGGCUCCGGCCAUGUAUUCGCGUUUGAUGGUUUGUUUAUUUUGAGAUGGAGACUCCUCCUUCUCAUAGGCGCUGUCCUGGGGGUCAUUUAUUUGAGGCUUCCGACCCCCACCCUUAUUGUCCUAGCUGUCGGUCUUGCUCUCUUGAGCAGCCCUGUGACAUUUGCCGUGCCUGGCAGCCGACUUCUGCCGGUGGUUCUCCCCGCCCGCGAGGGCUUGCAGUUAUCGAAGAAUCCACUCGAGUGUCACUGACGACAACACCGCCAUGGAACCCCUUCCGUCUGGACACUGGGGAGGCUGUAAUAGGCGUGACAUUAGCAGACCCGGACGUGUACAGAGGGGAUUACAGCGCGCUCUACCAUGCAAAAGUCCUGAACAUGUAUAUAGACGUCCUCGCAGCUUUGGGACAAGAUCCUGACCUAACCAGUAACGUGUGGGCACGUGGAAAGCUGGCUCAUUAUGUCAGCAGUAUUAUGGCAGCACGUCAAGAACAGACUCCAUCUUCCUUUUUUGGGUACAACCUGACUAGCAUCCUGCAGGCGCAGCUUAUCCUCUCUGAAGAAUACUUCCGCGUCAACAGAUUUGCACUGUCAUUGAUGGCCAUUGCCUUAUGCCAACAAAACGAGACAUUUGGCCAGCAGUUUGAGGACAUCCUGACAGCACAUCCUGGCACUUAUCUCUAUGGAAUAGAUGAGGCAUCGAUGAUUACUUUGGCAUGUUUGUGCCUCAAUACCCAGGGUUGCUCCUCUGCUGCCCAAGAUGCCGAGAAGUUCGUAUCGAAAAACCUUAAAAGCAGUCUCAAUGUCUAUUCUCUUGGCCUAGGAUCACAGGCUCUAAUUGCUACUGAAAAGCCUGUAUACUUGAGACAAAUAAGGAAUGCAGUAUGUGCCAUUAAACGCAAGCUUGAUAUUUCAGAGACCAUGGAUCAUGGACUUGGUGUUUCACAAAUUCUUCCUCCCUUUGCAAACAGAUCGUUCCUUGACAUCGUUCGCCUUCCACCUCUUGGUCAGUCACAGGGGCAUCGUUUAAGUAUACUGUAG